CGUCCAGUCGCCCCAUUGUGAUCGGCAGGAGGGGUGCCAUGGGGCCCAUGCCAGAAAGCACGUUGGAGGGAUAUGCGAGGGCCAUUGCGGAUGGAGCGGACUAUGUGGAAUGCAACGUCAUCUGCACGGCAGACUUGGAGCUCAUCUGCUGGAACGACUUGGAUUUGACGCUCGUGACGAACGUGGCACACCACCCGGAGCUGAGUCAACUCAAGUCAACGGCGGUCAUAGAGGGGCAGGAGGUGGAGGGAUUCUUCGCAUUCAACUUCACGUUCGAGCAGAUCCAGAUUCUCAGAGUGGAGCAGCGAUACCAGUGGCGGGACAAGACCCUUCACGGCCGGUUAUCCAUCCCCACGCUCUCUCAUGUGCUCGCCCUCGUGCUCUCCUCCAAUCAAAACCCCGAGCUGCUCGCUGCUAGAGGCAACCGACCCGUGGGGCUGAUGCUGGAACCGAGAUACCCUGAAUUCCAUGAGUCCAUCGGGUGCCCGCUACUCGAGUCGCUCCUGACUCUCCUCAGCGUGAACAACCUGCAGCCACCUCCGCGCCCUUCCAACCCCUUCAACACCCUCACUUCUUCCUCCUCCCCCACUGCCUCUCUUAGUGACCGCCUUGCUAGCAUCAGCACCACCACCAUUUCUACUGACAAUGCUCCCACAGCUGGUGCUGCUACAGCCGGGGGGCGGAUUGUGCUUGACCCAGCAGUGCAGCCGGUGGUGAUAGAGGCGAGGAGCUCUGCUGCUCUCGUCUACUGCAGCCAACGCACCUCCAUUCCCCUCGUGCAGAUCCUGGAGGCGGGAUGGGACGAGCCAUCUGACACCAACCCCAUCCUGCAGGCCCCUCCUCCCGCCUGCCCUCCUACCGUAUCCCUCGCAGCCUGCAUGCUCGAUGUUAUCUCUCUCCACGCCAUGGGCAUCGCACCAGAGAAGCAUCUGGUGCUGCCAGUGGAGGCAUGGCACAAGAAGCGUCUACCAACCCCUUUCCCCCGUCCCUCCCACCCCCGUGUCCUCCCCCCUCCUCUCCCGCACCAGCCAUCCGACACCAACCCCAUCCUACAGGCCUCCUCCCUUCAUGCCCGCCCACCACCCCCCUGCGAGCCUGCAUGCUGGACGCCAUUUCACUCUAUGCCGUGGCCGUCGCACCGGAGAAGCAUCUGGUGCUGCCAGUGGAGUCGUGGCACAAGAAGCUGCUCAACCAAACCCUGUCCUCCAUCGGACACUAACCCCAUUCUGCAGGCCCCUCCUCCCUCCUGCCCGCCCACCACCCCUCUUCGAGCCUGCAUGCUGGACGCCAUAUCACUCUAUGCAGUGGCCAUCGCACCAGAGAAGCAUCUGGUGCUGCCGGUGGAGUCGUGGCACAAGAAGCUGCUCAACCAGACCGACCUCGUCUCCCUCGCCCGCCACCCAGCCCGCCAGCUGGCUGUGCUGCCCUGGCCCUUUGCCAACGACUGGAUCUUCCUCUCCCUCAGUUACGAGCUCGUGAGUGCACCUCGUUUCAUCUCGUCCCUCCAUCUCUCUCUCUCCUCAGGACCCUCUAAACGAGACCCUCUGAACGAGUAUGCCAUGUUUGUGGAGGCGGUGGGAGUGGAUGGUCUCUUCUCUGACUUCCCCGCCACCGCCCUUAAAUACAUCCGGUCUCGGGACUGCCUGGCAGCAGCAUCGGGAGUGCUGGGUGCGUUGGUGGCCACACCAAGAAAACGAGGCCUAGCAGGACACGAAGACGCAAGGAAGCUGGUGGAGGAGAUAUUGUGCAUUUUCACCUUGGCGCGCAGCAAGGCCAGCGUUACCAGAGUGUUGUCGAAGGUAGUCACCCUGCUCCCGUUCCACUUCCGGCGUUAUGCUCUCUCCGUCGUUUAUAGUGUUGCCAGGAGCUUGCCUUAUCAAUCCACCCUUGGCCUCUCCUUACCCCCCUUCCUCCCUUCUCCCCCCCUUGCCCCCCACCUGCUCCUUGCUGUCAUUGUCACCAUUGCUGUGCUCCCCAUGGCAGUGUGGGCGCUCUAUGCCAUGCACAAGUGGAGGCAAACGGAGCAGCACCAGCCCUGGCAGGACCUUGCUUUACCCAGCCAGUGCUUGCCAUCUCCUUUAUCCCCUCCCCCCCUUCCCCCAGACCUGCUGAUCCUGACCGUCAUCAUCACCAUUGCGGUCCUUCGAAUGGCUGUCUGGACGUUUUACAUCAUGCACAAGUGGAGGCAGACGGUGAAGCAUCUGCACUGGCAGGAGUUUGCCACCAUCCACUCCCACGGCUCCACCACAGCCUCCGAAACACAAACCCUCACUGCUCUUCACGCUGUUGCUCUUGACUCUGAUCGACCAUCCCUUACCCUCUCUGUAAACCACUUCCCUCUCUGUAAAAACCCCUGCCCCUCUAUCCCGCAGAUCUCCUGA